AUGGUUCACCGUGUUCUAGUGGACGGAGGAAGCUCCGCCAAUAUCCUCUACAAAGAGACAUUUGAAAAGAUGGGAUUUGACGAAACAUGUCUGAAACCAGUCUCUUACCCGGUUAUCGGCUUCACAGGAGCAUCUGUUGUCCCAGAAGGGAAGGUAAAGUUGGCGGUCAAAAUAGGAGAAGGGUCCCGGUCGAAAGAUCUCAUGGUGGAAUUUCUGGUUGUAGACGUCCCGGCGGCAUAUAAUGCCAUCAUUGGGAGGCCGCUAAUUCAUGACGCCCAAGCUGUGGUCUCAACAUAUCACCUUACCAUGAUCUACACCUCUAAUGACGGUAACCCUGAGAAAAUCAGAGGCAAUCAAGAGUCGGCAAGGGCAUGCUACCUUACCGCGCUAAAGCACUCUGAUCAUAAAAGGCCGGCCGACACGCCGCCGUCGGAAAGAAAACGGAGAAGGUUGGAAAAUAAGGUCAGGAAGGACCUGUCCAUGGAGAAUUUCUAG